GUGUGCUGGCUCUGGGGGCGGGGUUAUACAUAGGGCCAGGUGAUCAGGAUACAAGUCCAUGUAGACAGAGCAGAGGACUGAGCGAGAGCACCUUGACCCCCCCUCUGUGUGCUGGCGGUCACUGACGUUGGGGGCGUGAAAGAAGUGACAGGACGCCGUGUGAUGUGAAGAGCGCUUGUCACCGCAGCGAGGCGUCGAGACCGAAGACUGCAAGAGGGGACCAUGUCCGUUGGCACGUUGCAAUCUGCUGGGAUGGGAGCCCCGCUCACUGCGGUGAUGCCCUUCCGCAUACUGAACAAAGGCCCCGAAUACUUUCGGCGUCAAGCUGAGAAUGGAGCCCGGAAGCCCAGCGCGGUGGAGAGGCUGGAAGCCGACAAGGCGAAGUAUGUGAAGAGCAAGCAAGUAGCCAGCACCAAGCAAGAGCCCGUGAGGCCAGCACUGUCCAGACAGCCGCUUUUCUCUCCGGGUGUCCGGAGGGUGCUGCUCACGCCCAGUCGCAGGUGCUCACCCGCUGCCCAUCGGGGAGAGAACAGAGCUCCUAAAAGUUCCUUGAAUCUGGAAAUACUUAACAAUCUCAUUAAUAUCUGCGACAGCCCACUGACAUCCCCACGGGCGGACAAAGUUCCCUGGCAGGAACUGGAGAAGACGCAAAAUUCUUCCACGCCAUGCACCCCAGUCAGCCACCGGACUCCCAACACGAUGGCAGUGCGCAGAGUGGACGUCCGACCAGGUGAUGGAGUACCCCGUGUUAAGUGUCCAGAUAUCCUUGUGACCUCCUCAGUCGAGACCCCCGCAAAGUCAUGUCCGCCCGUUGACAGCCCCCUCUGUUCGCCCGCUGGCACCCCAAGUGAAGCGGGCAAAAAGCAAACCCUCCUGCACCGUUCCAAGUCGGACUUGAGUGACCGCUACUCUCGGGCCAGCGCCGACCUCGAACGUUUCUUCAAUUACUGCGGACUGGACCCUGGCGAGGUUUCUAACAUCGGAGCAGAGCACUUUGUCCGCGCCAGCUCCGACAUUGUGUCGCUCAAGUUCCACAGUGUCAGCGCUGAAAGUUCGGAGUACGCCCACUCUCAGGUCAGCGCGGCCACCCAAGAGGAGACGCCGGCUUCCACGCGGAUUCCAUACGGGAUCUCGAUCAUCGAGCGGAACGCCAGGGUAAUAAAAUGGCUGUAUGGACAGCGCCAAACCAGGGAGGCCCAGAAGUCAUCCACGUAGUGGACACCUAUAACCCCUGCGGACGUUAACUGUUGGACUGACGUGCUCUGCUUGUUACAUGGUACGACCUCCUCUGUUUGGGAGUAUAGAAAGCUUGUUUCAUAGUGUUAGG